CUGUGCAGGCCGAGCGCGCCCGCCCCGCAGCGCGCCCCAGCUCCCCGCCGCGGUCGCUCACGCCCGAGCGCCGCCGCCGCCGCCGGUCCCGCGUGUGCCCCGCUGAGGGGGAGGGGCGGCGCGGUGGGGGCGGAGGGCUUGAGGUUCCACUGCAGCGGGGGCUCCUGUGUCCUUGUGCGGAAAUGACACACGGAGUCCCGUCACGUCACGCGAGAGCGCAGCGCACGGACACACACAAAGAGAGGGGAAAAUACACGGCGCCCGCCCGCCCGCCGCCCCCAGCCAGUCGGCGGGGCUGCCCCGGCCAGGCCCUGCGCGCUCGGCCCCCACUGCGGCCCGCGCGCCCGCCCCCCGCACGUGGCGCCCGAACUCGGCGCGGGCCCCGCUCCGCAAAGUAACAACUCUCGUCCCAGUGGAAUAGAAGAUGAACUCAACUGAAUUCAGUGAAGAUGUAGAAGAAGUUCUAAAAACUAACCCUGUGAAGGUGGAGGGCGGCGAUGCUGUGCUGGACUGCUCCCGGAACUCCAGGGCCUCUGAGAAGCACCCUCUGGACAGCGUCCUCACUGCCCUCCACGAUUCCAGCAAGCGGAAGCAGCUGGGCAGCGACGGCCAGCCAGACUCUGUCCCCAGUGUGAAGAGGAGACGGUUGAUACCUGAGGCCCUCGUGGCAGGCAUGCGCACACGAGAGAACAGCUCGCCCUGUCAGGGAAAUGGAGAACCUGCCAGCAGGGGCAGGAGUGGGAGCUGUGUGUGGCCUGCAGAAGAGGAGCCUGCCACUGAAGCCGCCAUGCCUUCCUACAAGAAGCCCCUGUACGGCAUCUCCCACAAGAUCAUGGAGAAGAAGAACCCUCCCCCGGGAGACCUGCUCAGCCCCUAUGAGCUCUUUGAGAAGGCAAACUCCGGCAGCAGCCCUUCUCCUCUGCGCCUGCUCAGCGAAUCUCAGAAGCGGGAAUGCGGUGUCGGGGUUGGCACCGAUGGGGACCCCAAUAUCUACUUCCUGAUCCAGAAGAUGUUCUAUAUGCUCAACACGCUCACGUCUAACAUGUCCCAGCUUCACAGCAAGGUGGACCUGCUCUCCCUCGAGUUGAGCCGUGUCAAGAAGCAGGUGAGCCCUUCUGAGCUGGUGGCCAAGUUCCAGCCUCCGCCUGAGUACCAGCUCACUGCUGCAGAGCUGAAACAGAUCGCUGAGCAGAGCCUGUCCUGCGGCGACCUAGCUUGUCGCCUGCUGGUGCAGCUUUUCCCUGAGCUCUUCAGCGACUUGGACUUCUCCCGGGGCUGCAGUGCCUGUGGCUUUGCCGCCAAGCGGAAGUUAGAGUCACUGCAUCUCCAGCUCAUCCGCAACUAUGUGGAGGUCUACUACCCCUCGGUGAAGGACACAGCCGUGUGGCAAGCUGAGUGCUUGCCACAGCUGAAUGACUUCUUCAGCCGCUUCUGGGCCCAGAGGGAAAUGGAAGACAGCCAGCCAGGCGGCCAGGUCACCAACUUCUUUGAAGCAGACCAAGUGGAUACCGGCCACUUUCUGGACAACAAGGACCAAGAGGAAGCUCUGUCUCUGGACCGCAGCAGCACCAUCGCCUCGGACCAUGUGGUGGACACACAGGACCUCACCGAGUUCCUAGAUGAAGCCUCCUCUCCAGGUGAGUUCGCCGUGUUCCUGCUGCACCGGCUCUUCCCUGAGCUCUUCGACCACCGGAAGCUGGGUGAGCAGUACAGUUGCUACGGUGAUGGAGACAAGCAGGAGCUGGAUCCGCAGAGGCUGCAGAUCAUCCGCAACUACACAGAGAUCUACUUUCCUGAUAUGCAAGAGGAGGAAGCCUGGCUGCAGCAGUGCGCCCAGCGCAUCAAUGAUGAGCUGGAGGGCCUGGGGCUGGAGGGAGGCAGCGAGGGAGAGGCACCGCGUGAUGACUGCUACGACUCCUCUAGCCUGCCAGACGACAUCUCGGUGGUCAAGGUAGAGGACAACUUUGAAGGCGAGCGGCCUGGCCGGCGCUCCAAGAAGAUCUGGCUGGUGCCCAUUGACUUUGACAAGCUAGAGAUUCCACAGCCUGACUUCGAGAUGCCGGGUUCAGACUGCCUUCUGAGCAAGGAGCAGCUGCGCAGCAUCUACGAGAGCAGCCUGUCCAUCGGCAACUUUGCCUCCCGCCUGCUGGUGCACCUCUUCCCGGAGCUCUUCACCCACGAGAACCUGCGCAAGCAGUACAACUGCAGCGGCUCCCUGGGCAAGAAGCAGCUGGAUCCUGCCCGCAUCAGGCUGAUCCGCCACUACGUGCAGCUCCUCUACCCGAGAGCCAAGAACGACCGAGUGUGGACCCUGGAGUUUGUGGGCAAGCUGGAUGAGCGCUGUCGGCGCAGGGACACGGAGCAGCGCCGCUCCUACCAGCAGCAACGCAAAGUCCAUGUGCCUGGCCCCGAGUGCCGGGACCUAGCAAGUUAUGCAAUCAACCCCGAGAGGUUCCGUGAGGAGUUUGAGGGGCCCCCGCUGCCUCCUGAAAGGAGCAGCAAAGACUUUUGCAAAAUACCCUUGGACGAGUUGGUGGUCCCCUCACCUGACUUUCCGGUGCCUUCCCCCUACCUGCUGUCAGACAAGGAGGUACGUGAGAUCGUGCAGCAGAGCCUGUCGGUGGGUAACUUCGCCGCCCGGCUCCUGGUCAGGCUCUUCCCCGAACUCUUCACGGCCGAGAACCUUCGACUGCAGUACAACCACUCCGGGGCUUGUAACAAGAAACAGCUGGACCCCACGAGGCUGAGGCUCAUCCGCCAUUAUGUGGAGGCUGUCUACCCCGUGGAGAAGAUGGAAGAGGUGUGGCACUAUGAAUGUAUACCCAGCAUUGAUGAGCGGUGUCGCCGCCCCAACAGGAAAAAGUGCGACAUUCUCAAGAAAGCCAAGAAAGUAGAGAAAUGACAGGGCUGGGGCUGCCCAGGGACUUGGGUCACCACAGGCUGAGCAACGGGUGCCCUUGGGACUGAGCAUGGCUCUGGAGCUCGUGUAUGGUAUCCGCAGACAGGCACCUUAUGCCAGUGGGGAGUGGUUUCCUACAUUUGCACACCUACCCAGCCACAAGAAAGAAGCCUUGAAUUUGGUCUUUUGUAUUCAUGACUUUGUUCUGUGUUCCCUGGUGGCACAGCCGGAGUUUGCCGGAGUAGCCAAGCUGUGAAAUCAGAGAAUUGGUAGGGUAGGGUCCCUUCACAGGGCUGGGGUGCCCUCCCUAGCUCUUACAAUUCAACAUUCAAAUUUCGACUAGAUGUGGUAGCCCACACCUCUAGGCCAUUGGAGUUUGAGGCCAGUCUGGUUGUCCGGUUAGUCUGCAUCGUGAAUUCCGGCCCAGCCAGGGCUGGAGAAGGAGACCCUGUCUCAAAAAACAACAGAACGCAGCAACUUGUUUCUCUCCCCAGGUUUUACAUCUUCUAUUUUUAUCUUCUUCUUCUGUUUUUUUUUUUUUUUAAUUAAAAUGAAACUUUGAACGAAUCAUUAGGCUCACUGGGAGCCGUUUGAUUUAGAAAAAAUCUUAAAAUAUGAGAUGUUGUAAGAUUACUUCAGUUGCUGGGAUUUUUAAAGAUGAUUUUAGAUUUAUGCUUUUUUUUUUUUUUUUAAAGAAAUGCCAUAUUCAGGCAUUAUGGGUAACUGUGGCUUCAGGUGGCAUAGUGACUGUUUUUACUAAUCCUGUGUUUGACAUCUGAUUUUGGAGGAGUCCAGAGCCCCUUAGCUUCAGCAGACGGGACGGAUUAUAAGUAGUGUGUAGCCCCUCUCUUACUCUAUGUGAGUUUCCCUUCUGCUGUGGCUCAGCCUGUCUGCCACUGCCGUGUGGUGCUCACUGUGUAGAUGAGAACACUGGAAGAUGACAUGAAUGUAGGUAGAGCAGAGGCGUGGGUCUCAUGGCCUUCAUGGGAGCCGUGUCCUCCUGCAGCCCUGUUCCCUCCCCACACAGAGAUGCUGGUGUAGAGGGACACAUUGGAACACAAUGUGUAGGGACAUUUUUGUGUGAUUUACGGGUGAGCUUUUGGGUUCACCAAGAACUGUUUACUCUCCGUGUAUUUGUACAAAGUCCGUGUCCCCAGACCUCAGUGUUAGCUCCUCCCAUGAGUAGCAUGGUCUUGAACCUCCAAAGCCCAGGCCUAGGGCUCUUUUGCAGGUGUUGGAAGGACCCAAACCAUCUUAAAUGGAGUGCCCACACCCCUUCCCAGUCCCACCAGACCUUUUCCCUCAAACCUUGUAGGAAGUUCUGCCGUUCUACCCCGGCCCACCCCUAGCAUGGAGGCGCACAUCUCUUCCCCUUCUGCGCUGGGGCCAGAUGCCUAAGAAGGAAAGGAAACUGUUUCCCCGACUCAGUGCAUCUCAUCCUUGCCUAGAAGAGUAAUGAGUUGCCCAGGGCAGUCACAAAACCCUUGUGGGACAUUACAGAUGUGAUAACUUUAAUGGCUUAAUAUUUUGCUACCUUAAUAUGCAGGAAUGAUAGAAUCUAUGAAUUUUCUCAUAAAGAACUUCCGUUCUAGCAGACAACAUGAUAUAAUCUCGCAUGUACCCAAUGGGCAUUUAAAAAAAAAAUAACAAUUUGAAUACUGUAAAGCUUCUAUCCACUGUCAUUUUCAGAUUAUGCUAUAACUGUAAAUCUAAAUUAUUGACAUUGGGAAGUGCACAGAGACUUGGUGGCACUCUGUCACAUACCCACACCUGCACACAUAUCUCCUUAUAAGAAGUGAGGUGAGGGGCCCACGAACGACAAGGCAACCUUCUUGUGCCCAGGAAGAAGGUAAUAAGGCAGCCGGAAGACUCCCCUUUCCCCUCACUUGGCCUCUCUCUAAUGCCUUAGUCACACACAUGUGCACACACAUGCACGCACACACACACUACCCCAAAGAUGGCCGUGGCACUCUCUCAUUGCUUCACUGGUUUGAGAGAAUUCCACGGGAUUUGUUCUGGUCUUGAGGAUGUAACCAAGAGGAUUCCAAGCCAUGUGGAGAUUGUCCUGCUUUCUAGAAAGUGGAGUGUGGUCCCGAGACGUCAGAAGCACAAUCGGUCACUGAGUUUUUAGAAGUCCUGUCUACUCACGUCAGAGAAAUGGCGGGCUCUAGGAAGUAAGCGGGACUUUUCGUUACCCAGAGCGUGUUAAAUUCUGGGAACCUGUAUUUUGGUUUCCUUAAUACUUUAACUAUGUAGGGCUUCUCUUCACCCCACCCCCACCCCCAUAAAGAGCCGGACACUCUGGGAGCUGUUUCCUGCCCCUACUGGACUGUAUGGUGCCCUCACUCACCGUCCGUACAGGUAGCUCCAGUGGGCAUUUUUUUUUUCAUGAAGCAAUAGAAAUAUAAAAUACUUAUUUUUUCAGAAUUUAAUGGGUUUCAUGAAAUCUGUCGGCAACUGCUUCCCCUGUCCCCAUCUAGAUUCUUUGUUUGUAGUCUGGAUUAUUUUUGCCUUGUAUCCAGAGGACUAAAGAUUAGCCCCGACAUUCUGGUGUUCACCAAAAUAGUCUGUCACGGUAGGUGGUAGUGGUCUCGGUUUUUCUGUUAGUAAGUUGUUAAAGAAUGUCUGAAGAUACUCUUGAAUGUACAGUGUUCGAAUCCUGCUUUAGUUUAUGUGGCCGCAUCUGUUUGAUGGCAAACGUUUGUCAGGGAAUCAAUGUCUAGUGUUGUUAGUGCUCGCUGCCCUUCCCCUUCAGUGUUGAAACCCAAACCUUCCUUUCCUUUUAAGUUAGGGGGCGAGGGGUUUAUAUCAGCAGCAAUCAUCAACCGACCAAUGGGAUCUACUUAGCGGCGCCUGGAGUUGGCCCGAUCGCACCACAGUGUGGCCAUUUGGGUUCUUACAGAGAUUGCCUCGGUUUCUACUGUUUCCCCCAGCAGUUGCUUCCUACCUGAUCCAGAGGGACCUGGAGACCCCUGGUUGGAGGUCACUGGGUCAUUCUGGAGUGGGGGUGAGGGCCCGGGGCUAUCACCACUGUGGGCAGUCCUCGCCUCUUGUAGAUCCAGCCUUAAUGUCUGACAUCCCAGGAAGCGCAGACCCUGCACAAAGUGGAUAUCAGAGUGAUACUGUGAGGGGUAAGUGACAAGAAUAGUUUUACCAAAGAGAAUGAGAUACCACGUCAUGUCUGCCUGUUACACUGAUCUGAGUGCACCCUUAGAAAACUGAAUGUACCACAAACCCAGGACAGUUUUGGAACUUGUAUGCUCUCUAGCAACUUUGUGUGAAUUUUUAUACAAGCACUGUUUUAUUAAUUAUAUAAAAUAUAAAAAUAGAAAAAC